GCGCCCGCUCCUCCGCCGCUCGGUUUGUUUUCCGGGUGAUGCUGCUCUUCUCUUCAAAGCAGAGGAAAGUCGGGGGCUCAUGUGUCAACAUCCAGGGUUUCCCCGGGGAGGUGUAUCGUUAACGUUAUUCCAAAAAAACCUGCUGUUCCUUUGAAGACCUUUUUAUUUUUUUUGUUCGCCUAUUCAUCCUUCGGAGGCAGCUGUUUUCCUAACUGCGAAGACCAGAAAACGAUCUCCGGCUCCUGCUGCUUUCGCGUUAGCUAACGUUAUUUUAAACGAUGACAGAGUACAAAGUGCGAAUAGCGUCUCCAAUCUUUUAAUAAUAUCUGGGGACCUGUUAGCUUAGCCAGCUAGCCCGGUAAUUCGAUUAGACCAAGGGAACACGGCGAAACUCACUGCUGACAUGAUGUUUCCUCAAUCAAGGCACUCGGCAUCCUCUCAGUCCAGUCAACCUCUCAAGUUCACCACUUCUGACUCCUGUGAUCGCAUCAAGGAUGAGUUCCAGUUCCUCCAAGCACAGUACCACAGUUUAAAGUUGGAGUGUGAUAAACUGGCUUCUGAAAAGUCAGAGAUGCAGCGUCACUAUAUCAUGUACUAUGAAAUGUCCUACGGGCUGAACAUUGAAAUGCACAAACAGGCCGAAAUAGUGAAGAGACUGAAUGGCAUCUGUGCGCAGGUGCUGCCUUACCUGUCACAAGAGCAUCAACAGCAAGUCAUGGGCGCCAUAGAGAGAGCCAAGCAAGUCACACCCCCUGAGAUGAACUCCAUUAUACGGCAACAGCUCCAGGUGCAACACCUGUCCCAGCUCCAGGGCCUGGCCCUGCCUGUGGCCCCGUUGCCCCUGGGCCUCACCCCUCCCACCCUGCCUGCCGUCUCCUCCAGCUCCGGCCUGCUCUCCCUCUCUUCCAUCCUGGCCAACUACUCCCACGGCCAGGCCCAGGCGGUGAAGGAGGACAAGGCCCGGGAAGCGGCGGAGAGAGCACCCCGAGGAGAGGACGGGGACAAGUCAGACUAGAUCAGACACAGCCAGGAGGUUUGGAGGGGGUGGUUGUGAGGUGAGGUGUCUUUAAAAAAAGAAAAAAAAAAAAAUAUAAAUGUAAAUGGAGAUUGAUGUAAGUCUGUCUGCCUGUCUGCUGAGUGUUGAUGUAGAAGAGUAACUGCAGGGAUGAUGACAAGCAGAGAGGACAGAUUUUUGGAUGUGCAGAGAGAGAAACUGCUGAAUGGCUGAGAGUGAGAGUUAAAUGUUAUUAUUUAGUGGUAAUAGACUCAGUUCAGGCUUCUAGACUUUAAAUAGAUGCUUUUUUUUUUUUUUUUUUUUUUUUUGUGUAAGCCAUUGUUGUUAGGCUUAACCAAGAUAAAUGUUUUCCGAUUUGGAGUGAGAGCUGAGGAUGAAAGCUAACAGCAGUGUCCCUUACACAGAUCUGCCUCUCACUGGUUUAAAUUUCUUAAUUCUUUUUGUUAUCAGAUCCAGUGUUUUUUGUUUACGUGCUCUGCAGUCCUUCAGAUUGUUUCUUACUGUCCCGUCUGCAAGUCACAGUAAGCAGUUUUACAACCUCUAAGUUCCCUCUAACUCCUGUCCCUCCACUCACAACGUCCAGCUCCAUUACCUUUUUUUUUUUUUUUUUUUUUUUUUUUUUUUCCCCC